UAAUGCACAUAUUUAAUUUAGAAGGGUUGUACUGAUAGACCUUUGAUUUUAUUUCCCCUUUCUCUUCACUUUAACUAACACCAGGAGCUGCUGGCAUGCUUCAGAAAGCUUCCAUUUGAACACAGUCUAAAUCGGUGCAGACCCUUGACCGGCUUAAUCUUUUCUUGCAAAUGACAAUGCAGUGAAACCAGAGAAAGAAAGAAGAAGAAGAAAAACUACUUCUUUUCCUGUUGGAUACCUAAUAAGUAGUUAGUCUGACCCAGUUUUCAAUAAGAACGAUUUUCUGAUGACCCAACAGGAGUGACUAUAUCUAGUGAAAGAAUAAGGGGGGGGGGGUGAAUUUAAUCUUUCUUGCUACUGGAAUGGCAGCUGCUCCCAGCUGCCUGAAUCUGUGAAGGAUGGGGAAGACAGAACGGGCUUUCAGUGUGGAGAGAAUUUUCCCUUUGAAUAUUCUAAACGGGAGCUUUGCACAUGUGCCUCAAGAACUAAUUGUCUAGGUUCCGUCAGGAAUGCAGCAGGAGAGGAGCGUAUUUCAUGCUUAAGACCAGAGAGGAGCCACGCAAUACUCAGUGGAUAAAAGGCUUGCAGUCCCAGCUGGGAAAAAGAGUCCCAUUAUCUCCCAGCUGCAUAGACAUUCCAUACGGCUUGGUUCUGCCUGGAUGCACAGCAUGCCUGGCUGAGGGCUCCAGACAGAGUUCUGCGGAAAAAUUGUAAAGAUCCCGAGACAUUUCCCUGACAGAUUGCUAACAUACUGACUAGAAGAUACAAUCUUCUUUCCUGCUGAUUGCAUGGGAGAAAUUUUUGACCUUAGAACGUGGAGAUGAGGUUGCUAUGGAAACUGGUAAUUCUGCUGCCACUCAUAAACUCUUGUGCAGGUGGGGGUCGUUUCAGCCGUCCAGUUUUUAUCCAGGAGCCACAAGAUGUCAUUUUUCCUUUGGAUUUAUCCAGAUCUGAAAUCAUUCUGACUUGUACUGCAAAUGGUUACCCUUCACCCCACUACAGGUGGAAACAAAAUGGCACAGAUAUUGACUUCAGCAUGACUUAUCACUAUAGGUUGGAUGGAGGCAGUUUGGCCAUCAGCAGCCCCCGCACAGAUCAAGAUAUUGGCACCUACCAGUGUCUGGCCACCAAUCCUGUGGGCACCAUUCUGAGUAGGAAAGCAAAACUCCAGUUUGCAU